UGAUGAGGCCCAGCUGGCUAAUAGGAAGUGUUCUCGUUGGUGUCGCUAGAAAUCACCAGAAUGACAGUCUUCGACAAGUUAAAAGACAACUGGUUUCUUUUGGCUAUAACUAUUGUUAUAUUCUUGGCAGAUUUGGCACCAUUUAUUGGAGCCAAAGGAGGACCUUUGAGGCCAGAGAUCACCGUCAAGUACUUUGCAGUUUCCUUUAUCUUCUUCAACAGCGGGUUAUCACUAAAAACAGAAGACCUUCGCGCAGCACUACUCCAUGUCCGGUUACACGUCUUCAUUCAGGGAUUUACCCUUGUCUUUAUACCAUGCCUUGUGUGGGUCUUGGUCCACUUUCUGAUGCUGACACCAGUGGAUGCGUGGCUUCUUAAAGGGUUGCAAGUUGUCGGCUGUAUGCCGCCACCUGUGUCAUCAGCUGUGAUCCUGACCAAAGCUGCAGGAGGCAAUGAGGCAGGAGCAAUAUUCAACUCGGCAUUUGGAAGUUUCUUAGGUAUUGUCGUCACCCCAGUCUUGCUGCUGGUGUCCAUGGCAUCAUCCAGUUCAGUUCCGUUUUCUUCCAUCUUCACUCAGCUGUCCAUCACAGUCGUCGUGCCUCUCCUCGUAGGGCAGGUUUUAAGACGGUUCAUCAAGGAGUGGCUAGAGAGAACCAAGCCACCCUUCGGCACUCUCGGCAAGGCUGUCCUGCUUCUUAUCAUCUACUCUACGUUCUGUGACACGUUCUCCAACACAGCACUGCAUAUAGACCACCUCAGCUUAUGUGCAAUGGUGUUCAUAGUGUUUAUUCUGCAAGUAUGCCUUAUAUCCUUCACCUUCUUCAUCUCACAAGUGCAAUUUUUUGGAUUCACUCCAAGCGACACGGUAGCAAUCAUGUUUUGUGCUACCCACAAAUCUCUGACACUGGGCAUCCCCAUGUUGAAGAUUAUCUUUGCCGGUUACGAGCACCUGUCCCUCAUCUCCAUCCCCCUCCUAGUCUACCAUCCCACCCAGAUCCUUCUCGGUGGCUUGCUGGUGGGGCGAGUCAAGCAGUGGAUGCUCGCAGCUGAGAAACAGAGAAAAGAGAUGGAAAAUGGAGAGCCGUCCCUCAACACCACCUCUGACGGCAGCAACUCAAGAGACUCCAUAUAAAGUUAAAAUAUUUAUAUUUUUGUAUCCCUAGUAAUCCUGUUGUCUUGAUCAGAUUACUCCCAAAUUAAUUGACACCCUGAAGCUGUCUACAUAGCUAGCACCUGGUGGUUGGGUUACACGAGACGACAGCAGUCAUUCAGCAUUUUAUGAAUGGACUUUGGUCCUCGGUGUAAGAGAAGGUCAAAUUGCCCAGCAAUUUGCACCUUGGCACCAGACAUGCAUUGAAUUAACAUGUUUAAUUCGCCAUUUAGCUUGGCUGAUUGUGGCCUGCACCUGUUUUCUUAUAUCAACCCACCUCCACGCCUUCAAAGUUGAUUUUUUUUUAUUGAGCUUAAUGCGAUAUUUGAACUCUUACUCUGUCCACGCUUCAUUAUUUUUUAAUCUCAUGUUAAUUUGAUAUUUUAGCAGCUGAUGUCAGCGUCCUUGUUGUCUGUCUUGUUUUGUUGUAACAGGAGUAGUUUUAAUAUUGUCCCUUGUUUCUACAUGCUUUCCACAGUUUUGUUUUUACUCUGAAAUGAAAUGACAGAAACGCAACAUCAGAACAGUAGAGAUGUAAGAAUAAUUGUACAGGUUAAAACAUGUCCUUUCCCAUACAGGUUUGGUUUAUUUUCCAACAAAGAAAAGAUAUUCAAUCUGUACAUUAACGGUGUUCUGAAUGUAAUUUGUAUAUUGUAUCAAACAUGAGGGUUCAGUACUUACAUAUUAAUUGCAGUAGUUGAUAUUGCAGUAGUUGAUAUUUCUCUUGUACAAGUGUUUUUCCACUGAAAGAUGCAAUUUUGAUGCUACCGUUUAUACCUUGUUUUCCAUUCACUUUAACAUUCAUUCAGGUUUGAGAGACUCAAAGCUAGCAUUUUGUCUUUGCAUUGCCAUAGAUGCAUGUGGAUUGAACAAUGUUUGCAGCAUUGGCUGAACUAGUGGUUCAGAAAGUGUGAUAUUGCAAAGCCCCUUCUACUUUCCGUCCCCUCUGUGCUUGUCAUUGCUUUGGAUGGAUGGUAUUUGCAUGUAGGUGUUGCUUGGAUUCCUAUAUGCAGACUUUGGACACUUGAAUACUUCUGUAGUUGUGUUCCUCACGAGUUUGUCACAAGUCCAUCGCUAGAUGCCUGUUCGAAAGCCGAGUCACAAGCUGUUAAAAGGAGAAGACCUAAGGCAUCACGACGUCAUGCUUUGUUCACAUGCAUGCUUUCAUGUGGGAGACAGUUGGAGGUGAGAUCCACCAAGCUCCCUAAGGAACGUGCACGCGUCAAAACCUGACCUCAUCGGGUCAGAGGUAUACUGCGAUGGAACCAUCCUGUUAUGUGUAACAGGUCUUGUGACUGCAUGUGAAAGGACUAGUAGUAGCCUCAGUUGCAGCCUGCCGGGGGGGGGUUCGUUAUUUCAAACAUUUUGUACAGACAGUAUUGGCUAUUCUUGUGUUCGGUUCCAGGCAAUUUUUAGAGUCCCUUAAUAUUUCAUGAAAAGUGCUUGCUCUUUUUUCCUGUCGUCAUUGCCUUUUGUCUUGUCUCUAGAAUGGCGUUAAAAGAUUCAAAGGUACUGAAGAGGAAAACUAAGGGGCAGAUGUUAUGCACGUUGCGUGUGUAAGUGUUCUUGGUGAAUGGUAUAUUCCAGUCACCGACAACCAUUGAUGAUAGCAUUUACAGUUUCCCAAUUCUCGGCUUGCCGGCAACCUGCCAAUUUCUUGGAUAUUCCAUUGCCAACAAGUAUUUUCAGUUAAACUGAUAGGUUUAAGUUACGAAUUAUAGAUGUCAAUUAAUUGUUGGAGUUGGGGUAUUUUUACUUUUUCUUCUACCCUUUUAUUUGGACGUUUUUUUUAUUUGUUGAAGUUGACAUUUUCCACUGUUUGGUUGUGUUCUUUUCUAUUGUUUUGGAAGGGAUUAGUGAAAUAUGGAUGGUUGUAUGUGGUGUAAUAGGCUUGAAAUUUUUUCGGAUUGAUGUUGCUGAAUUACAAAAGGCUAUACAAUGUACAUGGGUUCAGCUGUCGCAAUAUUCAAGCCGGAUCUUUCCUGCUUUAAAGAGAGAAACAUAGUGUCCACUGAAUUUGUUAUAUUCGAAAUUUCUUAUUUUUGUAGAGCACCACUAAAAUAUAUAUUGUACCUCGAGGUUGCUGAAACUAAUUUGUUCUCAACAGGCGUUUGAAAUUUCAGCAACUGUGAAAGUUAGGUAUUUACUUGUUUCAAAACGUACAUUUUUGUAAUCUAAUAAAGGCAUUUUGUAUAUUUGCAUGUACCUUAUUCGUCGUCUGUGGUGGUAUUUGGUGCAUUAAAUGUAAAGCUUUAUACAUUCAUGAAUUGA